UUAGGGUUUUCUUUUUUUCUAAUCUUGUUCGGUUUAAGUUUUUCUUACGUGCCCAUAUAUAUACAUAUAAAACCCUAGCUAGUUCAACAUAUUGAGAUAUCUGACGGUUGCUAUUUGAAAAUUUUCUGGUAGUGCUCUUUUCAGUUUUCUGUUUGAUUUUUUCUUCGUUAUAUAUUCAGUCAGUUUUACAUUAUCUUUGCUCAAAAGAGAUCAAUCAAUUAAGUCUUAUCAGCCAUGGAUGUACGUCAAAAUUCAGUGUAUUCUGCCAAACUUGCUGAACAGGCGAAACGCUACAAUGAGAUGUUGGAUCACAUGAAGUAUAUUGCAAAGCUUGACGUUGAGUUGACAACCGAGGAGCGGAAUUUGCUGCGUAUUGGAUGCAAGAAUGUAAUGGGCCCAAGAAGAGAAUCAUGGAGAAUGCUUUCAUCCAUAGAGGAAAAGGAACAAGCCAAAGGGAACCAAGUUAAUGCGAAGAGGAUCGAGGAGUAUAGACGGAAGGUUGAGUCCGAACUCACAAGUAUAUGCAACGAUAUCAUACAAUUGAUUGAUGAUCAUCUACUCCCUUCAACUUCCCAGUGUGAAUCCUGUGUCUUCUAUCAUAGGAUGAAGGGAGAUUAUUACAGGUAUCUAGCAGAAUUCAAGGUUGGCAUCGAGAUGGAGAAGGCUGCUUCAGAGUCAAUGAAAGCAUAUGAUAUAGGCAUUAAAGCUGCAUCCAAGUUGGCUCCUACAAAUUUAGUUCGAUUGAGUUUGGCUUUGAAUUUCUCAGUGUUAUUGUAUGAUAUCAUGAAGUUUCCUGAGAAGGCUUUCUUUCAUGCUAAGAAUGCUUAUGAUGAGGCUAUCCCAAUACUCGACAAUUUGAAUAAGGAAUCACAGAAAGACAGCAUGUUGAUAUUGGAGAUUCUUCUAGACAACGUCAGGUUGUGGAGUUAUGACAUCUUAGAGAAUUGAGAUGAUUCUUAUAACAAUUGCAGGAGUUAGUUCUUAGGUUGAUGAUUUUUAGGUAAAAUGCAUGCUGUUUCAGUUUUUUUUAUAAAAAUAUGCAAUUCUAUUUGAGUUGUAUCUCAGAACAAUUUUGUUUUUAGCAGUAUUAAUGGAAGUGUUUGAGCUUGAAUAUGAUUUUCCAACCUAGCUUUUCUAGAGGACCUAGAUUGAAUAGCUGUGGGCCUCAAAUUUCCCAUUGCACGCACAACUAGUCCACUUAAGGUACUAACAAAAAAUAAAUUCACUGCAACUCUGCAAGAUUUCAGGGAACUUUCUUUGUUGUUUUUGAACAAUGAGUUGUGUUUUCAGCUCUUGAUCUCGCUAGCAAUGUGACUAGAAGAUCCUCUUCUAGUAUUUUGCUAUUGUGCUUGUGGCUUUCUGCAUGGAAGGCCUUGAAAUAGUUGCUGAAUCUGAUAUUUCCUGCUGCUGAUAUAAUGAUUUGUGUAUCAACAGUCUUGGUUAUCUUGACAGUUAGCUUAAACAAGGGCGAAAUGGUUUUUUUAU